AUGGGGAAGAAAAUGGAAAGCCUUCGGCCUCUCGAACUAGAAGUCAAAGUUCCAACCUUUUUCCGGUGCCCCAUCUCCCUCGACGUGAUGACAUCGCCGGUGAGUCUCUGUACCGGCGUAACCUACGAUCGCUCCUCCAUCCAGCGGUGGCUCGAUUCCGGCAGGAAGACCUGCCCCGCUACGAAUCAACCUCUCCCUUCCACAGAUCUCAUCCCCAACCUCACCCUCCGCCACCUCAUUCAAAUCUGGUCUGUUUCCCCCUCCGCCGCCUCCGCGACCUCCGCCGCCGUCAACAACUCUGCUCCAAACACCCAUAAAAACUUCACCUUUAAUCUCCUUGCCGACCUCCGCUCCUCCUCCUCCAACCCAGCUCUACUUCUCCGCCGCCUUGCCGACUUUUUCCUCGACACCAAAAGCGAUGAUUUUGAGAAGAACUCCAUCGUCUUCUCCGGCGACUGCUCCGCAGCAGUUUCGUCUGUUUUCACACAGAAUGCGGGAGAUAUCGAGACCCUGGAGGCCGCCGCUAAGGUUUUCGCGGCAAUCCUCACCGUCGAUUGCAUCGAAGAGAACAAUAAGAAGAUCGCGAUAUCUUCGUUACUCUCCGAUCUACACUCAUCUGUUUCCGCCUUGCUUUCUAUUUUGAAACAGAGCAAAACGACGGAUUCUAAAGCAGACGCAGCUAGGAUCUUGAGUGCAAUUCUAUCAUCAUCAGAUUCCGAUUCUAAGACUUCCAUUGCAGAGAUAUCGGAUCUGAUCCCGGAACUGAUUCGGCUGAUUAACCAAGAGAAGAUGGACCGAGCAUCGAUCGACUCCGGGAUUGAAUGCUUGGCGGCCAUCAUCGGAGUUCGACGGGGGAGGCUUUGGAUGGUGAAGGAAGGGGUCGUGCCGGCGUUGGUGAGAGUUCUGAAAGCUGAAGCGCAUAUUUCUCCGGCGGCCACGGCGGAGAAGGCUAUCAUACUGCUAGAGGCUGUGUCGGGGAUUGCGGAGGGUCGAUCGGCUAUCUGCGAGGCGGCGGAGGAGUGUCUGGGUGCGGUGCUAUUGAGGAUGAUGAAGGUGGGUAGGGAAGGCAUGGAGGCGGCUGUGGCGGUGUUGUGGAGCGUCUGUCAUAGAUUCAGGGACAGGAGGGCGGUGGAAGCGGUGGCGGCUGAGAACGGCGGCGCGAUGAAGAUUUUAGUUUUGAUGCAGAGUAAUUGCUCGCCGGCGGUGCGGCAAAUGUCCGGCGAUCUUCCUCACCACUCGCAUCCAUUAAUCCCUACACCUCCUCCACAAAGUCCUCACCACUCGCAUCCAUUAAUCCCUACACCUCCUCCACAAAGUCCUCACCACUCGCAUCCAUUAAUCCCUGCAACUCCUCCACAAAGUCCUCACCACUUGCCUCCAAUAAUCCCUGCAACGCCGCCUCCUAUUCCUCACUACCCGCAUCCAUUAAUUCCUGCAACACCUCCUCCACAAAGUCCUCACCACUCGCAUCCAUUAAUCCCUGCAACUCCUCCACAAAGUCCUCACCACUCACAUCCAUUAAUCCCUGCAACAAGUCCUCACCACUCGCAUCCAUUGCCUCCAUUAAUCCCUGCAACACCUCCUUCCCAUAGUCCUCACCACUCGCAUCCAAUAAUCCCCGCAACUCCUCCACAAAGUCCUCCCCCUUCGCAUCCAUUAAUCCCUGCAACACCUCCUCAUAUUCCUCACUACUCGCCUCCAUUAAUCCCUGCAACACCUCCUUCCCAUAGUCCUCACCACUCGCAUCCAAUAAUCCCCGCAACUCCUCCACAAAGUCCUCCCCCUUCGCAUCCAUUAAUCCCUGCAACACCUCCUCAUAUUCCUCACCAUUCGCCUCCAUUAAUCCCAGCAACACCUCCUCCCCAUAGUCCUCACCACUCGCAUCCAUUAAUCCCUGCAACUCCUCCACAAAGUCCUCCCCCUUCGCAUCCAUCAAUCCCUGCAACACCUCCUCAUAGCCCUCACCACUCACAUCCAUCAAUCCCGACAACUCCUCCACAAAGUCCUCCCAUUUCGCAUCCAUUAAUCCCUAUAACCCCUCCACAAAGUCCUCACCACUCGCAUCCAUUAAUCCCUGCAACACCUCCACAUAGCCCUCACCACUCUCAUCCAUUGAUCCCGGUCCAUACCCCACCACCCACCAUUUCACCCUCUCCUUCGCCUGAAGCUCACCUCCCGCAUCACCACCACCGUCACCAUCACCAUCACCACUAUAGCAAACACCAUUCUUUACCCCCAUCCUCGGCAGUGCCGAUCCCUUCGCCGUAUUUAACCCCUCCUUUCCACUUCGGUUCGCCGCCGCCUGUAUACCAUCCUUAUCCUCUCUUCCCUCCUCACAACCCGAUCAUUCAGCCACCAGCUGCCACGCCAUCUAACCUUCCUUUCAAAUUCACAGGCCCACCGCCGCCAAGGCGAUAUGGCCCGCAGGUUCGUCUGCCACAGUUCUAGCCUGGGAGGCCUUGUGUCGUGGUUUCCUACAGUAUGGCUUAAGUUUGAAAUUCGUAGGAGUCGUUGAUAAAGGAAACAGUGUGCGCAGUAAUAGUUGAAAUAAUUAAAGAGAUUUAUAUCUCUUUAAUUUGUGUUUGUUUUUGCUCCUAAGUAAAAGUCAGAGGUCAAAAAAAAUACAAUAUGUUUAGAAUAAGUCAGUCGGGAUUCCUGGAAAAAAUAUAAAGUGCGGUUGAGUAUACUUGAGAUAUAAUCGGGUUGUAACUUGGUGUACGCCCCUAAUCCUCACACCGCAUGUAAUAUUUUUUUGGAUUCCUAAGAGCUAUUGGUAGUUGUAAUGUUAUUUUUUUGAGUUGAAAUACACAAAUUUGGACUUUUAUUA